AUGUCUGGAAUAAUAUUUGGCCAACGACAUAAAGGUGGUUGGCAAACUCCAGUUCAUUCAUAUUUACCAAAGAUGUUACAUGUGUCCACGUUAAAGCGUAGACUUAAGACACUUAUCACCGAAUUCGAGAGAGCAAGGCACAUAUGGUUCGAACUUAAUGACAAUGGAUUUACCCUCGCCAAUUCUCUUGUUAAAUUAAGAUUACAAGAGCGAAAAGUAGAAUUUCCGACAUGCUUGAUUUCGGAAUUAGACGAUUCUCUUGAUUCGAUGGAAGAACAUGGAGAAGAGAAUUCAAACGAAAACACCUUCAGCCUGUCGCAAUCUUUGCAGCAAGUUUUAGAGAAAAUGGCUUCACAAUAUGCCAAAAUGAAGAUGCAAAUUUUGCAAAUAGAAUUUUUACUUGAAGAAGCCAGCGAAAGUCUGGGCGAUGAAUUUGUGUACAAUACGCCCGUGUAUUUGACGUGCACACUGGAAACUUUUGUCCACCAUUUUGUAAAUAUUUUCAACAUGUUCACUCAAGAAAUCGAUUUGAAAAAUAAAAUUUUUUCUUCGCUACAAGACGCAAACCGCGAACAAGCAAUAGUGUUGCUGUCAACCUGGUUAAACCAACCAUACAUCAAUGAUGACAAGAUCAAAGAGUUUGAAAGCAUCUGUGAACUUGAACUCGAAUCUGAAGAGAAACAAUGA